ACACACACACACACACACACACACACACACACACACACACACACACACAGUCCCACCCACCUUUCUGUAAGGGAAAAUGUGCGGCAGUUCGUGUUCACUCUUGAAACAGUAGUCACUCCCACAAUACCGUGUUCCUGUCAGGAGGACAGUGCGCACUGUAGCUGCUGUUUAUAUACACAUCUUAACUGAAUGGCGACACCUCAGUGGAUCUGCCAAGGACGCAUGCAGUCUUGGAGUGGAGUUAUCUGAAUACAGCUUCUUUUUUUUUCUUCUUUUUUUAAGGCAACUUUAAAUUCGUUUAUUUGAUCUUUAUGGAUGAACAGUGGACUUCUGUGCGUAAAAGAGUGAGUCUGAACCAUGCAGUGCGCAGAAUCUCUGCUCACUUGCGAUUCACUUACGGGAGAGAGGAGCAUCUUCAUCUCACAGGAUGCGAGACGCGCGCUGAUUCCUUUUGAAUGGUUUUGGGAAGGGGGUGCCAAACUUGCGUAAAGAGCCGGAUUCUGCACAAGUGGGCUAAUUAGACUAUAGGUGAUUCAUACAAUGUCAGCCAUACGGAGGAAAUUCGGAGAGGACUACCAGGUGGUGAACACCAGCCAGAGCAUUACUUUUUCCGCCCAGGUGAAGAAGAAAAGGCAGCGGUUCGUGGAGAAGAACGGCCGCUGCAACGUCCAGCACGGUAACCUUGGCGGGGAGACCAGCCGAUACAUCUCGGAUCUCUUCACAACAUUAGUUGAUCUCAAGUGGCGCUGGAAUCUACUUAUCUUCAUCCUCACUUACACAGUCGCAUGGCUGGUGAUGGCUUUUAUGUGGUGGGUGAUCGCCUACAUCCGCGGGGACCUGAGCAACAGCGGCCACGACUCGUCCUACACCCCGUGCGUCGCCAACGUGUACAACUUUCCCUCCGCGUUCCUGUUCUUCAUCGAGACGGAGGCGACCAUCGGCUACGGCUACCGCUACAUCACCGAGAAGUGCCCCGAGGGCAUCAUCCUCUUCCUCUUCCAGUCGCUGCUGGGCUCCAUCGUAGACGCCUUCCUCAUCGGCUGCAUGUUCAUAAAGAUGUCCCAGCCAAAGAAGCGCGCAGAGACGCUGAUGUUCAGCCAGGACGCGGUGAUUUCGCAGCGGGACGGGAAGUUGUGCCUCAUGUUCCGCGUGGGGAACCUGCGGAACAGCCACAUGGUGUCCGCACAGAUCAGGUGCAAACUCAUCAAGUCACGGCAGACCCCGGAGGGUGAGUUCCUGCCCCUGGAUCAGUGUGAGCUGGACGUGGGUUUUGGGACGGGGGCGGACCAGCUCUUCUUGGUGUCACCUCUGACCAUCUGCCACGAGAUCAACAACAAGAGCCCGUUCUUCGAUCUGUCACAGCGCUCCCUCAAGAACGAGGAGUUUGAGAUCGUCGUCAUUCUAGAGGGAAUCGUUGAGACUACUGGAAUGACAUGUCAGGCGAGGACGUCUUACACCGAGGAUGAAGUCUUGUGGGGCAACCGUUUCCUCCCAGUCAUGUCACUGGAGGAGGGCUUUUUUAGAGUCGACUAUUCCCAGUUCCACAACACAUUUGAGGUCCCAACACCACCACACAGCGUAAAAGAGCAGGAGGAGAAGUCUUCACUGACAUCACCGAACCCUCUGCCUGUUGCACCCACGCCCUCGUCCCCUCUGUUGGGUAAUGGUGGACGUGGCGGGCGAAGAGAAAGGCUCCUGUCGGCUGACUGUGCGGACCACACGGAGGACCAAGUCACCAGACGGCCCAGCAAACUACAACGCAUGAGCUCCACUAGAGAGGAGCUCCUCUUGAGGGGGUAUAAGACCGGGCCAUCCUUGCCCGGGGGUAAGGCCUCAAGCACAGGAGAUCUUCCGCUUAGUAUUCAGAGGCUAAGGUCCAGCUCCAUCCCAGCUGUGAGGCAAGGACAGCCAGAGGAGCAGGUCCAGCUGUUGUCCUUGGAUGGGGAAGCAGAGGAGGGAGAGGUGGAGAAACACAGACUGCCAGCAGCAUAUAGCUCCAUUGUUGCCCAGACCCCAAAGCCAGUCCAGAUCCCCUUGGUAGGGAGUCGGCCAGAGGACAACCUACCGGCCAAACUGCGCAGAAUGAAUGCUGACCGCUGACUUGUGCUGACUACCUUUAAGACUUGAAACAUUUUGAAAACUGAAUCAGGCUUAAUGGGCAUUGCAUAUAACUGAAAACUACUGUGAUAAUAGUUGAAUUUUUGUCCUGCAGAUUUUGACCAGUAUUUUACCUUUACUUACGGGCUCUUUAAUAAGUUGUCCAGUGCCACAAAUAUAAGUACAACGCCAAUAAGCCAUCCAUCCGCUCAUACUGUGAGUCAUCUUUUCAUAAAUCGCCAUCUGUGCCCCUAACUGACUUCUCAUACUUCUACCCUUGUGCUUGUUUAUUUCACUUCUGUUCAAAGAGUUAAAUCAAAGACUUUAAAAUCCCAACAAGCACCAUUUUUAUAGAAAACACAGACCUUUUUUUGACCAUUUACUGAACCCUAACCCUUUCCCAAACUGCAAUCUUCCAAUUAUUACUUAGCUACUGUAACUAUGCACAGCAGGUCUGUCACCAUCUUGGAUUUUCCACAGGCCUGAAUUGGUUUCCAGGGAGCUUCAUUAAGGUAAAAGACGCAUCUUGAUGCUACCUGAUUUUUGGCCUCAUUCAUUUUUAAAGAGCCCAUAUUAUGCCCUUUUUGGGGUUCGUAUAUUUAAUCUAUGUACCUACUAAAGUAUGUUCACAAUAGCUAAAGUUCAAAAAAAGUGUAUGCUUUCAUGUACUGCCGCUUCUGACUCUCUCUCUAAGGCUCUGAAGUGCCCACGUUCAGAGUCCCCACAUUUUUUCGAGGGGGGCUAGAACCGAGCGUUACAUGCAGCUAAUGCUACAGCUAACAGGAGGACGUAGGAGAAGCCGCGUUUCCGCGGACUUAGAAUUUUUGCAAAUAGAUGUGCCUAAACAUGCACAGGACACUUGGAAAACACACUAAAGAGCAUAUAAAACCAGAAAAAGCAUAAUAUGGGCCCUUUAAGGGAAACAUUUUUGAAUUA